CACUCGAAUGUAGAGUUGUCUCCAUUUUCACUGCUAGGGCGGUGUCUUCAAAGUUGAAGCUUUCUUGGACUUCUUAAGAAAGAUUUGGUUGUGUAAGUUUAUUGCCAAUGUAUGCUUACAUUCAUACGUCCUUCAAGUGGUUUUCUCACGUUACUCGUUGCUUGUAUUAUUUGACUGCAAAUUGGAUAUUGUCUGAUUUCUCGAGACUCUCGUGGAAAAAGGGAUCUGUAUGUAUAUAUUCAACUUGAAUAUAUACAUAUACUUAACACCUAGUGUUUGGUUGCAAGGUGAUUCUUGCAAGCUGUCCUCGAUGCUCUUGGCGGAUGAAUAGCCUUUACACAUAUACAUAUAAAAACACAUUGGAGGUUAAUGGGAAUAGAAAGUUCUACACAUGAUUGAUAUCAUGCAACUCGAAAAUUACUACGUAUCUUCAGCUGCAGCGUGGUAAUUGUUUCUCAUUGCAUAUUCAGAUCGAAUAUUGCCCAUUAUUCGCAGGCUUUGACUGAGCAUAACUCCAUAUACGCCCUCACAUCCAGUAUCUCAGCAUGUCAUUCCACCUGGUGCUAAUUUUAACAUCACUAUGGCUGGUGUAUGACUCCACCUCUAAAGAAUAUAUCACAUCAGUGGGUUCAAUGUAUAUCUAUAUUUAUUGUUCAUCACGGACUUUGAACUCAUUCAUAGGUAUGGUAGUUCGUAAUCCUCGUUACAUCAUUUUCUGAUGUGUUAGUAUUCAUUACAAAAUGAGUUUUCUAGAAAGAUGGAGUUGGGGUCAUGAAGAAAUAUUCGGAGUCGGAUUUCUUUGGUCGCUUUUGCGGAUUAGGAGGGGAUUUGAGUAUGAGCCUAUCUGUUUGGAAAUAUCAUUCUCGAUGGCUCUUAAGUACAGAAUCAUAGAUGUGAUGCGUCUUGACUUAUAUGAGAUCUUUAUCUCAAGAGUCACUCCAAAUAGACUCAAAGUGGUACUAAAAAGGUUCCAGAUUCUUGGAUUGGAAGUUCUUUUCUUUUUCCUUGCACCGAUAAUAUAAUUUUUGGGGCUUACCUUGGACCUAUUGAAUAAUACCAAAUACACUUACAAUCACACAAAUGGCAACCAAUAAUCAAAUCAUCCGCUACCAGGAUGAUCGGCCUAACAACCAGAACCAGUACGAUGCCCAGAACCAAUACAAUAAUGCCUCGGCGUCGCAAACUCCUGAGGUGUCCUAUUACUCCGCUCCAUAUUUACAUCAAUACCAAAUUGAUCGCUCAGACAGGCAGUAUGAGCAACUAGCACCACCAAAUCCUGAAACUCCCCAGAAUUCUCGUCCGAAUAAAUCACGAUACCGAAGCCCACCGCCAGAGCUCAACAAAUACGCUUCUGAUAGAACAACAUCUUCACGGGGUUCUCAUCAUGACCUUGGAAGACCUCGCCAUUCAUGGGGAAAAAGAGAUAGGGCACGCGAUAUACGGAGGGAGCUGGAAAGACGAACUGGAAAAAAAGUUCGAAAGACAGAGAAGCAAGAAAUAGAAAGAGAAGCCAGGCAUUAUGAACGGCAGAAGGAAGAAAGUCGUAGAGCGCCAGUUGAUAGACGGGGGGAGUCACGUGGAGAUGCUGAUAGGAGAAAUUACCACGGGGAGAAAGAACGUUCGGGAAGGCUUCACUGGAGAAAAUAGACGUUUUGGCGGGCCCUUGUGUAGUUUUUGGUGGACGACCUGUUGCUUGGUAUGUUUUUCCGUAGGCAGCACCUGCUUGAUAUAUCAUAUGCAUAAGGUACUAACUUUUUGAGGAAUUCUCCUUACCAUGCAGGCGCGAGGAUGGGAUAUUGAUAUGCGGCAUUCAAUGACGCACUUCGAGGAUUUCUUUAAUCAUUUCUUUUUUCAUUUUAUGGGGGAUUCUGGCAUGACUCUAUCUUAAAGCGGUAUCAUACCAACAAAUGUAUGUAGAAUACAGACUCAUAUCUAAGGUACGAUUGAUUCAAUGAGACAUCUUUUUUCUCUUGAUUCAUAGGCAUGUCUUUUAUAUUUAGGAGUCACUUUGGUAUCUGGAUAAGCUUAAAAGGAUCGAGUUCGCUGGU